UUUACCAUGAACUAGAUGGCAUUUUACAAAUGGCGUCAUCCAUGAUGGCUGCCGCCACUGUUCGAGCUGUCAAAGGACGAAAAAUUCUUUCUACGAGAGCUGCACUGACAUUAACACCUAAUGCUGUUAAGAAAAUUAAGGAAAUUUUGGAUAAUAAAUCAGAAUAUAUUGGUCUUAAAGUUGGUGUAAAACAGCGAGGUUGCAACGGACUGAGUUAUACAUUAGAUUACGCUAAAGAAAAAAGCAAGCUAGAUGAAGAGGUGGUACAAGAUGGAGUUCGUAUAAUAAUAGAUAAAAAAGCUCAACUAUCGCUUCUUGGAACGGAAAUGGAUUAUAUUGAAAACAAACUAAGUUCUGAAUUUGUGUUUAACAACCCAAAUAUCAAAGGGACGUGUGGAUGUGGUGAAAGUUUUUCAGUAUAGUCAAUAUUAGUUCUAUAUAUAUAGUAGUCAUUUUAAAUUGUAUAAUUAAUACUAAAAUGGAGUGAUUCAAUUAAAUAAGAUUUAAUUUUUGAGAAGUAAAAUCAUUAGGGUAUGCACUGAAUUAAAAAUUUUUAAAUUAUACAUUUAUUUUAUUGUUUGACUGUGUGUGUGAUGGAGAUAAUUUUCUUCGAUUUUAGUUAUGGGGUAAUAUAUAUUAUUUUAUGUUCAAAUAAAUCUGAUAUUGUUUAUUUGUAAAGCUUAUCUUUAACUUAGAAUUUGAUGUUACUUCACAUAUGUAUGUUUAAUAGACUACCACUUAUCAUAGUCAACCAAUUUUAAAUUAUGUAUUCUUAUGUAUAUAUGUAAAACAAAUCUUUUUAUUCGUUUAAGUAAAAUGAUGUAAAUAUAGAUAGAUAAAUCAUCUAUAGAAAUAAAUAUACAUUUAAA